AUGCAGAUGCAGCGCCUGCACGGGCUCGCUCGUGCUCAAACAGAAGACGACCACCCGCAGCUCUGCACGAGCUUACCCCAACCAGGUGCGGGUGCUGGGGAGGCGGAGGCAAGGGCGGCGGUUGCAUCGGCGCCGCGCCGCUCGUCCCGCCGCACGUGCGGGUGGCUGCCGCUCCCCUUCUCCCGCCGCAACAAGGACGAUACCGAGCCCGUCCCUCUCUGUAAGGUGCUGGACGCCAAACAUCUGAAGAGGCUUCGGGAGGAGAGGCGCAGAGCUACGGAGCCGGGGCACUUCAAGCGCUUAGCCAUCCAGCGCCAGCUUGUUACGGAAUGCCUGCAGCACUACAACUACAUGCAUCCGAAUGACGAGUAUGAACCUGCUCCCGGUGAGGUGACCAAAUAUAUCAGGUGGCAUUAUGGCACUCGCUGGACUCAUGGCAACUUUGUGGCACGUCGCAAGUGCUCCUUUCUGCCUGCUCCACGAACUCUCUUCUUUUUUGAGCUCAUGCAUAGCCUUGAUUUCACAGGAGUCAUUACAUGCACCCCCUUAGAUGAACCAGUUACUGAAGGCUAUAGUAUCCUGGGUUUUCCUAUUUGGUGGGGUACUCGUCGUAAUGGCAGCUCGGAUAUCAUUUGCAAGAUCUGCUAUUGUCACUUUGAAUUUCCGCAACCUUUGAUGAGUGAAACACUUGCAUGUGGGCACAAGAAUGCGGAGAGAAUUUGCGAGAUGUGCGAUUGUCACUCCUGCGUGCUACAUCCAUUCCCGGAUCAGGAGAAUGUGCGUAUGCCUAUCACAGAUACCUUCAUCGCGACUGGUUCUGAGCAUGGAGGACCUCCACCAGUGUGGAUAUAUACCUGAUUUUUUAGGGCAGGAAGCAGACUUGUUAUUUUGGUGCUUUUAGCUAAGUCACCUUUAUGUCGCUUGUUGGCCAAUUCUACAUGGAACAUGACGACUGCUUUCUACCAGACUAGCAGUAGUCGAAAAUGGCCACCGAACCAUGCUAGAACUAUGGGGAACCUAAAGAUCCUUGUGCCUUAUAGUUUCCACCGAACAAUGCUCUUUCGCCCUGGGAUUUUUGCUCUGUGGAGCAAACUGAACAGUGCUGAUUUGAACUUUACGUCAUUUCUUGGUCAUGCUACUUGGGAAUCAAGCUGCAAUAUGUUGCUUGUAUGUGAAACAAUGUUCAGCAAAAAACAAUGUUCAGCAAUGGUUCACUAUCCUUAAA